UCAACAUUGUCAACCGUCAAACAAAAUGUCGCCUCGAUGAUGUUAGUAGUUUUUUUCGUUGUAUUAACUUUGUUUUAUUGUUUAUGCCGUUUUUUAAACGAGUUUUUAGAAGUGCGGCGUUAUAGAAGAACCAAGGACGAAUCUUUUUUAGUUUAAUUUUAUAUUAUUUUAACUAAUUACAUGCGCAAUGGCAACAUCAAAAACCACCAAUACUUAUAACAGGCAAAACUGGGAAGAUGCUGACUUUCCUAUUUUAUGCCAAACCUGCCUUGGAGAUAACCCCUAUAUUCGGAUGACAAAAGAAAAAUAUGGUAAAGAGUGCAAGAUUUGCUCAAGACCUUUUACAGUCUUCAGAUGGUGCCCAGGUGCCAGAAUGCGUUUUAAGAAAACAGAAGUUUGUCAAACUUGUAGCAAAUUGAAAAAUGUAUGUCAGACCUGCCUUCUGGAUUUAGAAUAUGGUUUACCUAUUCAAGUCAGGGAUGCUGCAUUAAAAAUUAAGGAUGAUCUUCCAAAAAGUGAUGUCAACAAAGAAUAUUACAUCCAGAAUAUGGAAAGAGAGUUAGGAAAAGCAGAUGGUAGUUUAGUUAAUUCCAAAACUAACGAGUCAAAUGAUUUGCUUAUGAGAUUGGCUAGAACAGCUCCUUAUUAUAAAAGAAAUAGGCCUCAUGUAUGUUCAUUUUGGGUUAAAGGAGAAUGCAGAAGAGGCGAGGAGUGCCCUUACAGGCAUGAAAAACCAACUGAUCCAGAUGACCCUUUGGCUGAUCAAAAUAUUAAGGAUCGUUACUAUGGUGUUAAUGAUCCCGUAGCAGAUAAGUUGCUGAAAAGAGCGGCUUCCAUGCCGACUUUAGAACCUCCUGAUGAUAAAACUAUAACAACUUUAUAUUUGGGAAAUUUAGGAACGUUGACAGAAGGUGAUAUCAGGGAUCAUUUUUACCAAUAUGGUGAAAUUCGCCUAAUAACUUUGGUGCCGAAACAGCAAUGUGCCUUUGUUCAGUUCACUACUAGGUCUGCAGCUGAAACCGCUGCCGAAAAAACAUUUAAUAAACUUAUUUUAGGAGGCCGGAGAAUAACCAUUAAAUGGGGACGAUCUCAAGGACGUACAGGGCAACCAAAUCAGCAAAUGGAAGAGAUGUAUCCCGCAGUGCCUGGACUUCCUGGGGCAUUACCGGAACUUAGCAAUAAUUUUUUCAAUUUGGAACCUGGUCACAUACCACUUCCAAGCAUGCCUCCGCCUCCCUCUUUAAUGGUACCGCCCAUGUUUGGUCCUCCGCCUCUUCCACCCUUCUUUUUUAAUCACGCUCCACCUCAAAUGCCGCCUUUUGCGCCGCCGGUGGCUAAUUCUGCCUCAAAUACUGCUUCUGUCACUCCUGCGGUUACGGCUACUCAAUUGGUGUCCCAAGCAGUCGCAGCACAACCAGCUCUGGGUCCUCCUGGAGUUGGAGAUAUUUCUGUGCCUCCACCUAAGACAGUGCAUUAUCCAAGUCAGGAUCCUGCAAGAAUGGGCUCGACUCAAGUGACUGGACAAAAGCAGGAGUAGUAGCAUAAUGGUUUUAUUGUAUGUGAAAUUUGUUGGUAGUUUGACGUGUGACUAUUAUCUAAUUUUAACUCUUUAAAAUAUUUAUUAAGCCCUUUUAGGAAUUUCUAUUAGCAUUAAUUUUUCAAUUAAUUUAGGAAACUAAUCAUGAUUACUAUUGUAGACGGUUUAUUAAAACUUAAAGACAAACUUUAAAUAAAAAAAUAUACAUCUAGUUAAUAACAGAGUUAAGAAUGUAUUUAUAAUAGUAACAUGUAAACUUCCAUGAUGAAAACAAGGUAAUAAAUCCCUUAAAGAUUUUGAAAA